AUGGGCAAGGGCAUGUUUUCCGAAACAAACCCACCACCUCGACCACCUGUUGAAGCUCCUCUUACAGAACAUAACUCUUCUUUAGAACUAACACUACAAAAUCCUGUUUCAGAACCGGUUCAGAGUGCUGUUCCAGAACCAGAACCGGUUCAGACUCCUUUUCUGAACAUGUUUUCUCAACCAGUCCCACCAUCUCAACCACCGGCUCAGAGUUAUCUUCUAGAACCGACAUUGUUUCAGUUUCACAGUUUGUUUCCUCAAGUAAUCCCACCACCUCAACAACCAAUCUUGAAUUUGCUUCCUCCGGCAUCACGUCCUUGCAAACGCGCUCGCCGUGACGAUCAAAGAACUGAUACUAUUGAUGCACCUUUCGUAUGGGCUACUAACCGAAGAGCAAGAGUUCACAGUUUCGAUUAUCUUCUCCAAAAGGAAAUCUUUGAUAUCAAAGGAGAUGUUGAGUGCAACAAAUGCGAAAGGAAAUUCCAAAUAUCAUUUGACGUGAGAGACAAGUUUCCUGAAAUCUACGACUAUAUUUUGAAAAAUAGCCGAGCCAUGAACGAGAGGGCGCCACUAAAUAUAUGGAAGAAUCCAACAUUGCCGGACUGUAUGCAUUGUAAUAAGAAAAACUGCGUGAAGCCAAUCAUUGCUGAGAAGAAAAAGAAGAUCAAUUGGUUGUUUUUGUUUCUGGGACAAAUGCUUGGCUGCUGCAAUAUCACACAGUUGAGAUAUUGCUGCAAAUACAACAACGAUCAUCGAACCGGCGCGAAAGAUAGAGUUCUUUACUCAACAUAUCUUGCACUCUGCAAGCAACUUCAAUCUGUCUGA